AUGACACCGGGAGAGAAAAACGAUGCAGAGGACAGCUGCUUAAAAAACCCAGGCGUCUUUACACCUAGUGUAAACGAUUGUUCUCAAAAUAAAAAUUUCGAAAAAUCUGGGGUAAACUCGAUUUCACCUAAAUCGGAGGGUCUAGACACCAACAACGACAACAACGCAGAAAACCCUAUCACUUUCAACGAGAAUCUUGAAAAGGGCGUUGUUCAGAAUGGUUCCGAACAACCAUGUGAUGGAACUUCAAUUUCAGAUGAUGAAAAGGAUAACUUUCCCGACGGUGGUUUGAAGGCUUGGUCUGUGGUUGUAGGAUCGUUCUGUGGCUCAUUUGCAGUCUUUGGAAUCCUCAACUGCAGUGGUAUCUUGCUUGACUACUUCUCCACUCAUCAAUUACAAGGCUAUGCAACUGGUGAUGUUGGAUGGAUCUUUGGAGUGUCACUUUUCUUGACCUUCUUGGGUGGUACACCAGUUGGUCCAAUAUUCGAUGCAUAUGGCCCCAGAGUCUUGAUCUUCUGUGGAAGCAUCUUGUUGAUUUUGUCCAUGAUGUUGCUUGGAUUAUGCGGUGAAUAUUGGCAGAUUUUCAUAGUCUAUAGUGUUCUCAAUGGUAUUGGUGGAGCCAUGGUGAACACUCCAUGUAUUUCUUCAAUCGCUCAAUACUUUCAAGCAAAGAGAGCUUUUGCUACUGGUAUUGCAAUGACGGCUGGAAGUGUUGGUGGAGUUGUAAUCCCUCUGAUGCUGCAACGCCUCUUUCCCACGAUCGGUUUUGCAUGGGCAACACGGAUAUUGGGAUUCAUCCUUCUUGUGCUCCUCAUUUUAACAAACCUCCUCGUCACUAGCCGUCUUCCCAAAAAGCCGCUUCCUAGCAUGAAGAGCAUUCUUCCGUAUUGGCCUGCGUUCAAGGAGCCGUCUUUCGUCUUCCUUACCAUAGCGAUCUUCCUCCUCGAAUGGGGAAUUUUUGUCCCUCUGACGUACAUCACACCCUAUGUCGUCGCAAAUGGCCAAUCGACAUCAUUCGGCUUCUACAUAGUUUCCAUUCUCAAUGCCGGUUCAUUCGUCGGCCGAUUGGGAGCAGGCUAUGUGGCCGAUCGCCUUGGCUAUGUGAAUACACUCAUUAUCUCUGUCGCUUUCUGUGUAGUAACAUGUCUAGCACUGUGGCUACCAGCUGGUGACUCCCAAGCAAUAGCCCUUGUUUUCGCUGUAUUAUUUGGACUUGUGAGCGGUAGCAAUCUCAGUCUGAGUCCGGUAUGCGUUGGUCAGCUGUGUGGGGUUGAAAAAUUCGGUACUUACUAUUCUACAUGUUGGAUGAUAGUUUCAUUUGGCACCUUGACUGGAUUGCCUAUUGCUGGACAGAUCCUGACGGCUAGCGGAGGCGAUUAUACAUGGUUGAUUGUUUUUGCUGGACUCUCCUAUGCACUGGCUGGGACCUUCCUCGUUGCUGCAAAAGUCGCAAAGCUCGGAUGGUCGAUUACUAAGAAAUACUGA